AUGUUUCGUUUAUCCAACACCCCGGGUACUCCAACGAUCGAUGGCGAGGAGAUUUCUGCGGAGGCGGACGAGCCACCAGACGAUCGUCAACUUAAGCCGUCCUCGAAAUUGGAAAAUAUCGUUCCUCAACCAUACACCAAAGCGAGACUUUUUAUUCCGGAUGCAAAGAAAGAGUCUCUGCUUACCCGGGCUCUACUGCUCUGCGGCCCUGAGCCUUCGUCUAUCGAUUGUCUAUCUCAACCUUCACAUGUAAAUGGAUCCGAUCGAAAUUACCCGCCGUCGAUAUAUAGCAACAUCAGCGGGCCUUCGACUGCAGAACUGACCAGCGACGGGGAGACCAAAACUCCACCACGGUCAGAUUCACCAAGUCCACCGAUUCCGUCCGGUUUUGCUCAUUUGCCCACCACAUUCCGUGGCCGUAUGCAAGUCAAAAGCCCGGUAGCACCUACCACCGACAUUCCCCAAUCGGAAAUUGAAGCCAAUCUUGGACGGAAGCGCUUGAUAAGCUUCGCAUGUGGGCGAAAAAUUGACGACGAGUCGAUAUAUUCGAGCGAACCAGUGAAGGAUACAAAUGGUGUGCCCAAGCGGAAGUCUGUACUGACUUUUAUUUGCGCCCCACGACCAACUGGCGAGAGUGGAAAGACGGUUGAACAAACGGCCCUUCGCGGAAAUUCCUCAUGCCACCAUACUAGCAUCUCACCCCUCCCGCUACGCAAACCCAGUUCGGGCCCUUCAACACCAUCGCAGGAAAAGGUCGAUCGACGCGACGCUCCGUCAAAAAAGCCACCGGGUGCUCCUCGUACUUCGAGGCCUGGUGAGUUUGAACUCUCUGAUGCUAUUCGUUUUCACGAAUUCGGUAGUUCUUUGGAAGACGAUGAUUGGGUAAACCAGACGACGGUUUAUAAGGAGAAAAUGACGCUGAAUGAUUGCAUGAAGAAGGAACUUGCGAUUAGGAAACUGGGUGAAGAAGCGGAGGAAGAAGCUCGUCAGGACGAAGAGGAUGCCGAAAAUGAUGAUGACGACGACGAUGAUAACAAUGAUGACGACGACGACGAUGAGGAUGAUGAUGAGGAUGACGAUGAGGAUGAUGACGACGAUGAUGGUGAUGAAGACGAAGAUGAUUCAACGCUUCAAAAUGAUAUUUCUGACGCUGGUAAUGAGAGCGAUAAUGAGGCUGGGUUUGCGGACUCUGACGACACUGAUAAUGAAUCUGAAUACGCAUUCUGGGCGCCGUCGAUGGCAACUGCCUCUACUAGCGUUGAUAACGCUGAUGUUGCCAACCAAGUUUCUAGACGGCGAGGUUCAUGCUCUUCAACUGAAUCUUCAAACGAACGGAAGAACGGCCGCAAAGUAGUGACACCACCUCGGCAAUCUGGGCGGUGCCAAAGACACCGUCGGCCUAGCAAGCCCCAAAAGUAUGGACCUUCCACACCACAUCUUCCUGAUAGCACCGAUUUCAUCCCGAGGACGGAGAUGGAGACGAUGAUGAAAAUCAUGACGACCAUGAUGACAUCACAGAAAAGGUUCAUGCACAUGAUCCAGAGGGCAUUCGCAGGAGAGACAGAAAGCCAGCAGCGAGGCCCCAUCGGCCCACGUACGAGGUCCCUCCCUCGCACGCCAAACCCUUUCUUCGCUCGGCUUGAACGCCGUCGAUUGACAAAGGCGAUGCCUAAUAUGACUAGCGCCAUCGAAUCCAGCAACCACGACUUACACACCCGCGGACCUAUUGACAUUGUUGUGGGUCUCGAAAAGAAGCGUCAGAAACGGAAAGAAAAAUUCUGGCGCCAGCACUGUAGGAAAGCUGCAAAGGAGAAUCUUGAGCGUAAGCCAUUACCCGGUAAAGGUGCUGAACGCAUGAAAGAGCUUGGACUUGAAGUUGCGGAGCGCUUUAAGGCGUAUGGCGUUGGCGUUGGGCAAGGUGCUCAUCUUGUGCUCUCGAUAUAA